ACUUCCGGUGCUCCGCCUCCGGUAAGCCAUUUCCGGCGUUGAGCUGGUCGGGGCGGGGUGGCAGUUAGGUGAGGCGUGCCUGGAAGGCUCGGGAGUCUGCGGCCAACGGUGGGCGAGCUGUCGGUGCGCGGGCGGCCUGGCGCGGCGCGUCGACUGUAGCUGUGUCAGUGUGUUAUGAUGCCAUCUCGUACCAACCUGGCUCCUGGAAUCCCUAGUAGUAAAGUGAAAUACUCAAGGCUCUCCACAGAUGAUGGCUACAUUGACCUUCAGUUUAAGAAAAGCCCUCCAAAGAUCCCGUAUAAGGCCAUUACGCUUGCUACAGUGCUGUUCUUGAUUGGCGCCUUUCUCAUUAUCAUAGGCUCCCUCCUGCUGGCGGGCUAUAUCAGCAAAGGGGGGGCAGACCGGGCCGUUCCUGUCCUGAUCAUUGGAAUCCUGGUGUUCCUGCCAGGGUUUUACCACCUGCGCAUCGCCUACUACGCGUCCAAAGGCUACCGGGGUUACUCCUAUGAUGACAUUCCAGACUUUGAUGACUAGCACCCACCGCAGCCUUAAGAAGAGUCAGAUGGAACCGAGCCCAGCUUUAAGACAUUGCUCAGAAACUGUGGUUAUGGGCUAAGGAAUUCUGCAACUUGCAUAUGUUUAGCAAAACAAUGGCCAGGUUUUAUGAGUCCCAUCUUACAGCUAUUAACUGAGCUUACAAUUAGCUAAUUAGAACAGGUUUUAUUUUUCACCUCCUGGCCUUGGCAAAAGUCCUGACAAGUUUUUCCACAUGAACCUCUACCAUGGAAGAAUAGCAAUGUUAAUUGUAUGGAAAAGUGGGAGGUUAUUCUGUAGUGGGAAGGGUUGUUAUCACCACCCUUUUUAGAGAUGAGUGUUUCCUUUAUAUACUUCAAUGUCAGUUCUUGUGGCAAAUGGAAGAAUGCAGUAUGUCAAAUUCCUUAUUACUAAGUAAUUUAUUUUGAAAAUAUCUAAGUAUCUUAUCCCCUAUACUCAUCUCUAACUUUGUGUUCUAAUGGAACACCUUGGCAAAAUCAAAUAUCAGUGUGGGUGCAUCUGUAAUAUUUUUUACUUGCUUUCUUAUUAACAGCAACCAGGAAUUUUUUAAACCUCAGCGCAUGUUUUCAAAAUGUAAACACUCUCUCUGUUCACCACUCCUUGGCCAGCUCUAAUCUGGUUCACCAAUAAGUUGGCCAGCACGUAAUUUGGGUCAAGAUGUUCUGUGCAUCAUGCCUUUAAGGACUGAACUUUUGCUGUUUCCUAAGGAAAAAUGUAGAUAAGAGGUUGUUAUUUAGAGGUAAUAACCCCGUUGUUAGCACCUUGUACUGUGUUAUUCUGCUGAAGAGUGCAAGAUUUGGCUUGGAUCCCUGCAGGACUAGACUGCCUUAGUUUGAUUCUGUUUCCUAGCUUGCAAAAAGUGACUUAUGUUCAAAAGAAAUUAAAUUGUCAAAAUCUAAA